GCAUGCGCACUGGCCAACCAGGCCUUCCUUCGAGGAGGCUGACCACAAAAUGGCGGCCGCUUGCAGCUGGCUGGGCCUAGUCGUGGCGCUGGGCGUUUUGGCGGCGGCUCUCGCCUCGGAGGAGCCCGAGAACAACCCAACCAAGGCGGGGAAGAGGAAGAAGAAGGAUAUCCGAGACUACAACGACGCCGACAUGGCUCGGCUGCUGGAGCAAUGGGAGAAAGAUGAUGAUAUAGAAGAAGGGGAUCUUCCAGAGCAUAAGCGCCCAUCCGCACCCAUAGAUUUCUCCAAGAUUGACCCCAGCAAGCCUGAGAGCAUCUUGAAAAUGACGAAGAAAGGGAAGACCAUCAUGAUGUUUGUCACUGUGUCUGGAGAACCUACUGAAAAGGAAACUGAAGAAAUUACAAAUCUGUGGCAGGGGAGUCUUUUCAAUGCCAACUAUGAUGUACAGAGGUUUAUCGUUGGUUCAAAUCGUGCCAUUUUCAUGCUGCGUGAUGGAAGCUACGCCUGGGAGAUCAAAGACUUUCUGGUAAAACAAGAGAGGUGUGCAGAUGUAACUUUGGAAGGUCAGGUAUACCCUGGCAAAGGAGGCAAAGGAAAAGACAAGGAAACAAAUAAGACCAAGCCUGAAAAACCCAAAAAGAAAAAAGAUACUGAAAAGAAAGCUGGAGCUUUCAAAGACAGUAAUCAUGCAAACAAACUAAAAGAAGAUCUAUGAUGUAAACUGCACUGAAUACAAGAAGGAGAAGUUUUGGGAAGAAGAAUACGGUUGGAAUGGGUUUCUGAGUUGUGAUGAUCAAAGGAACAGUUUACUUAUUAAUGUGAAGCAUUCAUUUAGUAACAGCGAAGUUAAUGGAUAAUAUCUGGGGACUGCCUGUUGAGCUGUGGCUCAUUUACUUUCAGUUAAUUGUUGAACUCUAAAGCAGGCAGCUUUGUGUUUAUUUUCAGUAUUAGGAACUUUGCUCAGUGGGAGAGGAAAAUGAGCUUUUUCCAUUUGGAGUCUUGUUGGUUGAAGGUUAAUGAACAGGCAGACAAAAAAUACCCGACUUUCUCAAAAUUUUUACAUUUCUUUCCAUUAUUUGCAUUAGUUCAAAUCCGAACCACUGAGUCUUGAAAUAGACAUCCUCAAAACUCCUCUGACAGAACAAAUUAUUAGAAGCACAGUUCUGAGAGACACAAAGAGUAUUUUGUCUAUUCAAUUUCUUUCAGAUAAGUAGCAAUUAAGUGCUUCUAAAAUGAAACCUUUUUUUACAUUGAAUGAACAGGGUUAGCGUAGUAGAUUACCUUGGAUCUCAUAUACUGGGGUCAAGGCAGGAUAUAAAUUAAAUGAACUAAAUGGACCAUUUCACUUACUGCCUUAAGACGUUUGAUUGAAACAGAGGGAUUGAAAAAAGAAUAGCAAAGUGUACGGUUAACUCUGAAGUCAAUGGGAAAUAUUUUUCAGUGGAAUAUGUUUUAGAGGUUGUGUUGUUUCUUCAAGGAUGUUAAACAAAAAACAAUAGAACAGAAGUCUGUUUCAAGUUAAUGAUUGGAUUUGGCAAUGCCACACUUUGUUAUCCUGAAAGCAGCUUUUGAAUUCUUGUGGUGCCAAAAAACCAACCCUCAACACUUCAGCUAUUUCAAAUAUCCUCUUUUGAUAUUUAUUUUAGAAGUUUUUUUCUUUGAAUAAUGGAGAGCAUCUUGUCCACAUGAUCCUUCCAGAAUGCCAAUAAAUUUAUAUACUUUUCAAAACAGA